UGUUUUAAAAUAAUUGUAGGGUUGUAUUACAAUCUCUCUGGUCUUGGAACAAGAUUUGACAUAGGAUGGUACGUAUUUUGUUCAUUUACAUUUCAUAUUUAUUUUUCUUCUGGUAAACUUUGAUCUCCUACUUAAAAAAUAUUCGAUCACAGAAUAAACAAUUAAGCAUAAACUUUAAUUACCAUUGUGCUUGUUAUUUUAAAGUUAUUUAUGUAAUAUUUUUUAAAAACUGAAAAUCAGUUUAAGCAUUUAUACAUAUAUAUUGGAAUUUCCAAGCAUGUCUCAUUUUUCUUCUGAGUUUGUUUAAAUGAUAAAAUUGAGGAUUGAUCACAUUAGCCUGAGGAAACAAUGAAAAAUUAAGGAUGCUGUGUUUCCAUCUUUCAGGUUUUUGGAGAAGACCUCCCCAUUUAUGUGGGGUUCUCUUGGAAUAGGAUUAGCUAUAGCACUGUCUGUUGUUGGAGCGGCGUGGUGGGUUCAAUAAUGAUGUUCUUGAUUAUUGUCAGUGCUUUUCAAUAACACACGAACACUGAAAUUUAAAAUUAACCUUGCUGAUUGCAUUUUUUUGCUGCCGUCAAUCAAACCUUCAAACAAAGAAACACACAAAAUGGGUCAAAAUCCACCAAUCACAUAUCACAAACCAUGACAUUUGAAUUCAUUGAAGUAAACCUCUGUUUCCUAAGAGGUCCGCUAAGAUGAUUGAUGGUAUCGAAAAACGCAAACAUUAGUUGGCUUUUGAACUUCAGAAUUCACAUUUUGUUUUUUUUUUUUAAAUUGUGGUAAUGCAGUUUUUCCCACCACUUUUCACUAUUACCAGUAAUUAUUAAUGCACUGUCAUUUUCCCAAAUACACUGCAAACAAAUCAUACAUGUAUGUGCAUGUUACAGAUCAAAAUUAAAUUCACGUUAAAAUUUUAGGUUGAUUCUCAGUUUCCUUUGUCUCCUAACCCUAAUUAUCCAUGAAUGAGGAUUGGGAAAUUAAACGAGACCUACCUGUAAGUUGAAGUUUGAUUGACAUUCUAUCACAUGACAACAGAAGGCGAGAGAUCUCCGCCUUCUGGUCAUGUGAUAGAAUGGGGGGCCACCCGGCACUGCUAGAGCACACCCUUGCAUCAUCAAUAAUAAUUCCUAGUUUGGAUGCUCUACAUAUGGAGAGAGAUCAUUUUCAGGUAUUAAAUUAGACUAGUACUGGAUGAAUUAAUAAUUAUCAUUGAUAAUAAUUAUUAGUAAUAAUUAAUAAUUGAUAAUAAUUAUUGAUAAUUUGUUUCUCCUCUCUAGGGGAAUAUUCAUCACAGGAUCCAGUAUUUGUGGAGGUGGUGUGAAAGCACCAAGAAUUAAAACCAAAAAUCUAAUCAGGUAACUUGAAUGUGAUAUGAAUAAUGUUACAGUUUGUGUCACAAGAAUUACGUAAGAUAUUAAUUUAUGUGUGCAUUUACUGCAAAAUGUUCAUGUUUAUUCACAUUGCAUUUUACUAGAUGGUUAUUUAGAAUUUGUGAAUAAAAAUGUAAAUGCCAUAGCCAUGCAAAACUAGUAGCUGUUUAUCCCUUGAAAUGAUUACAGUGGAUCUAAUUUCUUCUUUGCUUUUUCAAAUUUGCAGUAUAAUCUUUUGUGAAGCUGUUGCCAUUUACGGCAUUAUCAUGUCUAUUGUUCUCAGUAACUACAUGUCGGUAAGCUUAUGAAAAAUCACCUUUAGAAGUACUUUUUAUUUGAAUUGAAAGAAAGGAGGAAUCUAAUGCAAAAAUAAGCCUCGCUUGGUGUCUGUUCUGUCAUCUACAUGUAUUGAGUAGAACCUCCAUAUAACAAGGUCCUUGGUAUAAUGAAUGAUUCUCUUUACUCCAGUAGCUGUAAAAUACAUGGAAAAGAAGCUUGAUGUUACAAAACCUUGUUAUAGUGAACAAAUUUUGCCUUUCCCUCGUCCCUUUGUUGUAUCGAGGUUCCGUUGUACCUCUCCCACUGCAAGCAUUACAUUUUUUACAAUGUACAUAAAAUGUUAUCAUUAAUUUUUAUUUUAAUCUUGAUACAAAAGCAACUGACAGCACAAGUAUACUGAAUAUUUAAUUGCUCUUUUUUUACAUCAAAGAGUUCCUCACUGACAUGUAUUAAUUUGAUUAUAUAUAUCAAUGUCAAAAUGGUUGUGUACUUGAUUUGCCAUUCUUUGUUUGGUAAUAUAAAUAUUUAAUUUAUUCAUUUGCUUAUCACAGAAUGUUGAUGUGGAUUCACUUACAGAAAUGAAGGAGAUUAGACAGGUCCAUAGUUCAGGUAAAAUAAGAUCUAUUUUAGUCACCACUGAAGCUUUAUAGAAUUAAAAAUAGCUUGCCUUCAACUGUGAAAAAGUUUGAAGUGUCUAGUAUGUAUUAACUGCAUUUCUCCAAACCAUAAAAUGUUCAGGAAAAAAUUGAACAGGGUUUGCAAAUUUUAUUCGUGAGUGGAGUCAGUGUGACUUCUGCUUCACAAAUUUUUGAGUCAUUAUCGAAUAUUUGGAGUCAAGUAUCACAACGCAAAAAGCCAUUUUCAGACUUUCCAGCACGUGGUCCUGGCACGUAUACACUAUCGUGAGGGAUACACGAAGUAGCUGUGGCGGUCCGCUGACCUGGAAAGCUCAAAUCCAUGACGGCAGUCAUCGAGUAAACUUUGAACGUAAUUUACCCUCUUCCUGUUUUGUUGUGUCGUAUAAUUCUUUAAUUUAGAUGAUUUAAUUAAGGUUUACAACGUUUACAAUUAACGUAAAUUGUGUUUGUUGCGAAAAAGCUAAGGACAAAACUGUGUUUGUUACCGGAAAUUUCUGGAGUCGAAGUGGCUCCCUGUUUGUUACCAAAAAUUUCUGGAGUCGAAGUGACUCUCUCUGUAACCUCAGUGGAGUAAACUGAACAAUGUUGGCGUAAAAUAUGCCAAAUUUGGUGUAUUUUCGAACCCUCAGUGAAUGAAGUUAACAGGUGAAUAUUUGUUUUGCUACACUAAACUUCUCAUUAUUUAAUUGUCCGCCAAACUGUCUGUGAUUCCUCAUUUGUCCCUCUCUUGAUGAGAAUACCGGUAAUAACGUUAUUACUUUUUUAGGGUAUAGUGUUCAGCCUGUAUCAAAAAAGCAGUUUGUUUAUUUUGUAUUAAGCAUUGUCAUUUAAAUGGCAAAAAAAUAAAUAAUUCAGAAAUGCUCUAGGUUCUUCUCAAGUCCAAAAAAAUCUCCAUUAGUGUUAACAUAACCUCUUUUAUUAUAGUGUCUUUAUGUUGCAGUCACAUGUAAUAUUAUAUUAAAAUAAUUAUCUAUUAAGCAGACACCUGCAGGAACCUCACUAGUAUCUGCUAAAAAAUUGUGUUUCCCCAACUUUGGAAGUUUCUAAACAUUCAGGUCCACUUUUUUACAAUCACUGACCUUCAAGAAUACAACUAUAAUGUACAAUACAUUAUUGGACAAUAUAUUUUGUGUUCCACUGAGAAAAUAAGAAAGCCUUGGUUUCCUCUACUGUGCUUUUCAAAAACACACGCACUCUGGAGUUCAAAAGCCACCUUCACAAAAUUAUGCAUUUUUUGUUGUCGUCAAUCAUAAUUACGAUGACAAGCAACAAACCUUGAAACAGAGAAACAAACAAAACGGUUCGAAAUCCGCAAUUCACAAACCAUGACCUUUUGAGCCUGUUGAAGUAAACUCUUGUUUCCUAAGAGGUCCACUCAGAUGAUUGGCGGCAGCGAAAAAUGUAAAUGUUAGUUGGCUUUUGAACUUAAGAAUUCAUGUGUUUUUGAAAAGUGCAGUAAUAUCAAANUGUAUUAAGCAUUGUCAUUUAAAUGGCAAAAAAAUAAAUAAUUCAGAAAUGCUCUAGGUUCUUCUCAAGUCCAAAAAAAUCUCCAUUAGUGUUAACAUAACCUCUUUUAUUAUAGUGUCUUUAUGUUGCAGCCACAUGUAAUAUUAUAUUAAAAUAAUUAUCUAUUAAGCAGACACCUGCAGGAACCUCACUAGUAUCUGCUAAAAAAUUGUGUUUCCCCAACUUUGGUAGUUUCUAAACAUUCAGGUCCACUUUUUUACAAUCACUGACCUUCAAGAAUACAACUAUAAUGUACAAUACAUCAUUGGACAAUAUAUUUUGUGUUCCACUGAGAAAAUAAGAAAGCCUUGGUUUCCUCUACUGUGCUUUUCAAAAACACAUGCACUCUGGAGUUCAAAAGCCACCUUCACAAAAUUAUGCAUUUUUUGUUGUCGUCAAUCAUAAUUACGAUGACAAGCAACAAACCUUGAAACAGAGAAACAAACAAAACGGUUCGAAAUCUGCAAUUCACAAACCAUGACCUUUUGAGCCUGUUGAAGUAAACUCUUGUUUCCUAAGAGGUCCACUCAGAUGAUUGGCGGCAGCGAAAAAUGUAAAUGUCAGUUGGCUUUUGAACUUAAGAAUUCAUGUGUUUUUGAAAAGUGCAGUAAUAUCAAAAUGGUUCACCCUUGACUUGGGUGCUUCAAUUCACUUGGACAAUAGAUAGUAGAUUCACCAAAGGCAAUUAUCUUUUUCCUGGUUGUGUUACUUUGGUGCGGCUCAAUAUAUGUAGUUCAAUAGUCUAUCUAUUUUUUUCCAACUAAAUGUAACAGUAGUAUUAUUUUUCACAUUAGAAGUGUUACUUUUAGCUUAAAAUAACUGAUGCUAGGCAAUGUAUACUUUACCUCAUUAGGAUUUAUGUUGUUUGGAGCUGGUUUGACAGUUGGAUUUUCCAAUCUCUUCUGUGGAGUUUGUGUUGGAAUUGUUGGAAGGUACAGUGAAACGCCAUUAAUGCGACCACUGUUAGGCCAUAAAAUCAUGGUCAUAAUAACAAGAUGGUCAUACUAAAGGGAUCUUCCAGGACUGUCACUAAGAUUUCAAGUUGCCGGGUAAAUACAAAGUAGGUGGGGAAGCAAACAGUUAGGGAUUUCUUGUGGUUUCAUUUUUAUUCUAUUUUCCUAUGAAAGUAGCCGGGGAACACAUGCACAGUAGCCGGGGAAAUCCCUGCCCCCCCGGCUCUUAAUGACGGCCCUGAUCUUCAAAUAAAAUGACCAGUAUUUCUCUUGUGGGUCAAAAAAUUGUGAUCAUGAUAACGAGGUGGUCGUAUUAACAGGGUGGUCGUAAGGCGGGAUUCCACUGUCUUACAGUGUCUUGAUUAUGCUGUGCUCAGAAUGUAAACAAGCUGUAUUGUUUAAUAGUUUUCAGUGUACUUACAGAAGCCUUUAGGGCAUAACAAAAGUGCUGUUUGUAGCAUAAUGAUGGACAUUUUUUGCCAGUACAUUUUUCUGAGAAAUUGCCUAAGAGGGAUGCUUUACCUGCUGUUUUAGAGAAACUAACAGAGAGAAGCUGGGAAAGCCAAACAUAGCGAUUCUCAGUGCACUAUAUUCAAAGUAUCACCUUAUCAGGGGACUUUAAAAAGAUUAUAGUAUUUUACAGAAAAAAAAAUUACAGUAGUAGUUUGUAGGGUCAACUCAGUAGUUGCUUUCUUAUAAAACAUCAGUCUUGACUUGUCUUGAAUCGUGAUUACAUUUUCAUUUUACCCACUUGCAGCUGUGUGUAAUUUCCUUUUCUUGUGAUGUCAGAUGAAUGUUAACAGGGCUGUCAAUAAGGGCCGGUAGCCGGCCAAAACCGCCGGCUAGUUAGCCAUCCUUAGCCGGCUACUUUCAUCUCCUUCUACCAUAACCGGUACAAAAAAUAAGUACCAUCGAAUAAUGAUGAUCAAUGACAUUGAACGUAUAUUGAACAAGUCUAGAUCUGUGAAACGUUCGAACCAUGCCAUGUUGUGAAAUGCCUGGGACACUUUGACGGCACCGUUCCAAGUCUUGCGUGUAUUCUGACGAAGCAACAUGGCGUCCGCGAUGGAAAAAUACCUCUUGAAAAACCCUGGAAAUAGGGUUUCCGAGGCUCUAAAUUCCAAAAUGUCCUUAGAUGCCUCAGUCCUGAAGAACUUGUGCCUUUGGUGCGAGUUCCAAAGCCGCCUACUAUUCGUUAUCAGCCUGCCACUUAAAAACUUUUUGACAGCCCUGUGUUAAUAUCAGUUAGAUAACUCCAUUAAAAAGCUUGUUCUUAUUCUCUUUGAUUUCAGUGGUGCUGCACUUGCAGAUGCUCAAAAUUCAUCCUUAUUUGUUAAGGUAAUCAUUUUUUAGUGUCGUGCACACUUACUCUGCCAAUGCUCCAACCAGUCAGUUCUCAAAAUUCAUCAUCCUCCUAGCCCAUCAUUAAUUUUGUUACAUUUUACUUUGUCAUACAGUCAAACCUGUAUAUAACGGCCUUGUAUAUAGCGGUUGCCCUGUAUAUUCAGGCACCGGACAACUUCCCAAAAUUUUCAGUUGCCUAAUAUUUUCUGCAAAGUUGACCUGUAUAUAAGGGUCACCUUGCCAUUUGCCAAGGGUGUAUACAGACUGUAUUCAGGUGAACCUCCCUUAAAAAUGAUAUAAUAAUAAAACUGUCAGGCCAAAAUGUGGUGGCAGUUGCUUGCCAGUGGUGGUCAUUUACUUUCGGAUCUAAUAGGCUUUGAUGGAGAAAGUUUUGGUGUUUUAGAGAGGUGGACGCUCCUACAGGUGUAAUCUUUGAGUCUGUGAUGUCUACCAAACCAGUGUAGUCAUAUCAUUGCAAAAAGUCUUUCAGUGAGCAAGCUCGCAAAAUCUAUGAAACAUUUUCUCAUAAUGUCAUGUCAGCCAUAUUGGUGUUCCUAAACAAUGAAACAGCAGCCAUGUUGGUGUUCCAAAUGAGUCCUUCUCAUGGGAGGUGAACCUUUUUCCUAUAUAAAAGCUCUCUUUUGUUCCAUUAAAUUUGCGUAGCUAGUAACCUGGGUACCAGAGGUUUUUUCUCGCGUGCGACAAGGAGCUUGUGGCCGACUUUUUCAUGCAGGUCACUUUUUAAGACUUGACCGAAACCAGAAACCGCGCAUGAAAAGCCUCUGGAACCCAGGGUAUGUAGCUAGUGGCCAUUUGAGUGAAAAUGCUCUGUAAUGUCAGAGGCUAACAGUGCAUUGCUGUUAGCAGAUGUUGACUGCUACUUUGUUAUCUCGUUACACAAACACCCAUGAAAUAUCAGGUGACCUUUCAUGCGAAGACAUGUACAUGUACUGCAUCUUCACAUAGAAAAAAUCACUAUUGCUCUGCUAACAUGAUAAAUUGUGCCUUUUACACUAAAAUAUAUUUAGGUGAAAUUGUUCGGUAUUUUAUUGGUGUUUUCUGUUAAAACCUUAUUGAACUCAUUCAUAAAAAUACCGUAGAAAUUCCCAAAAUAAGCCCCUCAAUGUAUAAACCCCUCCAAAUAUAAGCCCCUCCAAAUAUAAGCCCCCCAAAAUCGUACCGCAAAAAACCCUCCGUAAAAUCGCCCCUCCGAGUAUAAGCCCCCAGGGGGGCUUGUACUUGGAAUUUGCCAUCGAAUACAAAGAUUAAAAAAGCAAAAAUGGUAAAUUUCCUGAUUCUGAAACGCAAAUUUCCCUCCGUAGAUAAGCCCCUCCAAAAAUAAGCCCCUCAAAAAGGGCCUUUGAAAAAUAUAAUCCCCUGGGCUUAUUUUCGGAAUUUUACGGUAUUUUUCAACACUCAAAGAGAAAUUUCAUAUCCCUUUGCGGCCAUAUAAUAUCCCCCAUUUAAUAAACAAUGGAUAUUGGACAUUGGCUAAAAGACUUGUUUUGUAUCGGUUGAAGGUUUUGAUCAUCGAGAUCUUUGGUAGUGCCAUUGGAUUAUUUGGCGUCAUCAUCGCCAUCAUACAGGUGUGUAGAAUCCCUUUGUAA